AUGAGCGCCCCUGACCGCAAUUCAAAUGUGACUGCUUUCUCCUCACUUGUGGAAGCUCGUUCCAACGAAAUAGUUGAUAAGAGAGGGAAGACAAAUUCAGUAGUAUGGAAGUGGUUCGGCUAUCGGACAUCGGAUAAACUUCGGGUUUCAGCGUGCUGCAAAAUGUGCCGGAGAGUGGUGCCGACUAGCAGCGGGAACACAUCAAAUCUGUUCCACCAUUUGAAGCAGUUCCACCCGAUAGAACAUUCUGAGAGUCAAAAGAUGAGGCACCAUAAAAGUUUAAGCCAACCUGAAACAAUACCAUCAUCCUCAUCCCCAAAACCAGCUGUGUCAAUAGAGAAACCCAUGCAGCAAACACAGAUGGCUGCAUUCAUGCCUUAUGACAAACAGUCUAAACGUCAUAAAGACAUUACAAAGGCUGUUACAAACUUCUUGGCUAAGGACAUGAUGUCGUUUAGUACGGUGGAAAACACGGUCUAUUUUCCUGAGGAUCACACGGGCGAAGCAAUUGCAGACGGACUUGCAGAUGCGCUCGCAUCCUGGGGACUCCGCGAGGACCGACAGGUCUGUAUCACCACAGAUAGCGGGACCAAUAUCAUCAAAGCCGCUGAGUUGAACAGAUGGACAAGACUACAAUGCUUCGGGCAUCGACUGAACUCUGCUAUUGAGAAAGUUAUCCAAGACAAGCGGGUGGACAGAGCAAUUGGGAUCUGUAAAAAGGUGGUGGCUGCCUUCUCCUACUCCUGGAAGAAGAAACGGGACCUCGCAGCUGCUCAGGAGGAGUAUCACUUGCCAAAGCACAAGCUCAUCAGUGAAACACCAACAAGAUGGGGCUCCCGUCAACAAAUGGUGAAGAGGGUUCUGGAGCAGAAAAGGGCCAUCACUGAAGUCCUCUCAAAGGACAAGAAGACCAGACCACUGGUUCCUACCUGGCAAGAUGUGGAUGUUUUAGAGUCUAUAGAUGCAGCUGACCCAACCAUGGAUGAUCUACUUAACAUGGCGUGCCUCGUUGACCCAAGAUUCAAGCUUCAGUACACUCAGGAGGAGAAGAGAGAAUACAUCAAAGAGAAAGCUGUGUUGGAGAUGCUGAAGGGAGAGAGAUCUGUUGUGGUCAGGGAAGAGGAGUCCAGAGAAGAAGCCAUGGGAGACACUUCUGUACCAGCCAAGAAAACAAAGCUGUCUCUGGCUAGCUUUUUUUCAAACGGGCCCACCACUACUACAAGCACAGAAGACUUGAGUGCACAGCAGGCAGUUGAGAGGGAGCUCGGCAACUACCUUCUGUCUCCAAAUGCUGACAAUGACUCAAAUCCUCUGGAUUGGUGGAAAGUCUAUCAAAAGAACUUCCCUAGAGUAAGCCAACUGGCACAACAUUACUUGUGCAUUCAGGCCACAAGCUCCCCGUCUGAGAGGGUUUUUAGUACAGGUGGAAACAUUGUCACAUGUAAAAGGGCAUCUCUGAAGCCAGAUAAUGUAGACCAGCUUGUAUUUCUUGCCAGAAACCUCUAG